AUGUUAACAGAGUGUUUUUCUUCCACAGCUGACAAAACCAAAGAGGGGGUCGUACAUAGUGUUACUUCAGUGGCUGAAAAGACCAAAGAACAGGCCAAUUUGGUGGGCGAAUCUAUGGUGACCGGUGCCAACACGGUGGCAAAACAGACUGUAGAAGGCGCAGAGACGGUUGCAGCCAGCACUGGGGUUGUUCAAAGGGAGGAUUUUGAAUAUCCCGGGGACCCAUUUGCUGCUGCUGCAGAAGGCGACGCCCCAGUGGAAGCGACAGAAACCAGUGUCGAGGGUGAAAAUGAAGGAUAUUAACCCUCCUCGGGUCCUCUAGUAUGAAAAAUUGCGAAUCCCGGGAGUAAAUACAGAAAUGAUAGCAGGGAAAUCACCCCUCCCUAGACUAACUUCAUUCAGCUCUACAGUCUUUCACUUGCCUUGUAACAACACAGCCUAGAUGUCUGGCAGGCUCCUGGUCAUAUGCUAUAGGGUAACCGUGUGCCACGCGCCUUGUGUCUGCCUCGCCAUCCCCCGUUGUGGCUUUCUCCCUUGCCCAUCUUCAAGCCUACUGAACGUGCUGUUGGGUAGCUGCCGUUUAGGGCAGCUGCGGUUGGAAUUGCCGAGUAACGUCUUCUGUUUUUUUUAGCAUCAGAACUCAAGAUCCCUAGAUAUGUUGGACAUAUUUUUUUUUCUAAAGAGACAAAAUAAAACCACUUGUUUCAGCUA